GGGUGUCGCUGUGCAUGCUGGGCUCAGAGCUUCAUGAUGGUGGUUUGGAGGAAGGACUUUAAACUGUACACUGUUUAACAGUGAAAGAGGGAAAAUACUCUGGCAAGAUUUGAUCAAAUUCGAUGUCGCCUAUUGCUCGUAGACUUGGAUUGGUCAGAUGUCCCUGAGACUGCCCGGCGAUGGGAUACAAUGUAUCUAAAGUCUAACUUUAAAGCCGUGGUCCUCUGACCUGACCUCUGAUUGUGUUUUGUAUGGGAACAGUGCAGGGCUUAGUUUUUUAGUACCAACUACCCCCGACUCUGUUAACUGGGAGAUGGUAACAUAUGAACCGCAUUGGAAGGAACAUGGUUGAGAGGACCAGUAAAUUUUUGUUGAUCGUUGUCGGAUCCAUCUUCUUCAUGCUGAUUUUGUAUCAGUACGUGGCUCCGGGGAUGAUGAACUUCGGGUCUCCGCACGGGUACCUUGUGGAAGACGAUACGGAUAUCUUUCCGACUCCGGAUCCUCACUAUGUGAAGAAGUACUAUUUUCCUAUCAGGGACCUGGACCGUACCGUGGAUUUUCAAAUCAAAGGGGAAGAUGUGAUCGUUUUCCUGCACAUCCAGAAAACCGGGGGAACCACGUUUGGGAGGCAUUUGGUCCAAAAUGUGAGGUUAGAGGUUCCCUGCGAUUGCAGACCCGGACAGAAGAAGUGUACCUGCUACCGUCCGAACAGGAAAGAGACCUGGCUGUUUUCACGGUUCUCUACCGGUUGGAGUUGUGGGUUACAUGCGGACUGGACCGAACUCACUAACUGUGUGCCGGGGGUACUCAACAAGAAAGAGAAUAAAUUCAAAAAUCUGAGGAAAUUUUAUUACAUCACCCUGCUGAGAGACCCAGUGUCAAGGUACCUGAGCGAGUGGAGACAUGUGCAGCGAGGUGCCACCUGGAAGACGUCCCUGCAUAUGUGUGACGGACGCACCCCCACGCCUGAGGAGCUGCCCUCGUGCUACGAAGGAACAGACUGGUCUGGCUGCACCCUGCAGCAGUUCAUGGACUGCCCUUACAACCUGGCCAACAACCGCCAAGUGCGGAUGCUGGCGGACCUCAGCCUGGUGGGCUGCUACAACAUGUCCUUCAUCCCCGAGAAGAAGCGCGCUCAGAUCCUCCUGGAGAGUGCCAAGAAGAAUCUCAGAGACAUGGCCUUCUUCGGGCUGACAGAGUUCCAGCGCAAAACCCAGUACCUCUUUGAGAGGACCUUUAACCUCAAGUUCAUCCGGCCCUUCAUGCAGUACAACAGCACGCGGGCCGCUGGCGUGGACGUGGACAACGACACCAUCCUGCGCAUCGAGGAGCUCAAUGACCUGGACAUGCAGCUCUACGACUAUGCCAAGGACCUCUUCCAGCAACGCUACCAGUAUAAGCGGCAGCUGGACCGCAGGGAACAGAGGAUAAAGAACCAUGAGGAAUAUCGACAGCACCGGUCCAAUGAGGAGCCCCCCAGGGAGGAACCCGAAGAGCCAGCUCGCCUUCCUACUGAGGACUACAUGAACCACAUCAUUAACAAGUGGUAGCCCACACAGCACAGAGAGGGAAGGAAAGGAAGGGAAGUGAUUUAUUUUUAUUUCCACAGUCAUUCACAAAGUCCUUAAAGACUGCAACAAGCUUUUGAAACCCGGCAGUGGUGGCUGACAUUCCCACCAUUCACUCGGAGGCGGUUGAAACUGCAUUGUCCUGCUGUGUCUUUAGGGACAUGUGGUGACAGUGAUGGCCUUCUCCCGUCCCUUGCGGCCGGGCCUUCUGAACCUCGGAGUCUGAGUUCUCGAAACCAGGGGGAUUCUAGGCCAAGUCAGGACAGAGCUUUUACAGCAGUGGGCCCAAACAAAAGAGACCUUACAAGUCUUCCAGGUUCUGAAACACCUUUGGAAGUCAAACAACAAUUUAUUUAAGAAAGUACAGCCUUUUCUGUAAAACAGAGGUAUUUGCUUAAAAAUUAACAGCAUUGAGAACAGAAGACACAUUCUAAUGUUGGUUCAUGAAAUUUUAACUGGACUAUAUAAUUUUAGUGUUUCAAAAAGAAAGGUUUUAAUGAUGAAAAGACCAAGAAAGCUGCCUACAGGCUUUUUGAAUGCAGUUGAAUAGAUUCUUAGGUCAUUUGAUCUGAGAUUUUAAAUAUUUGUUUUAUUGUUUUGUGUUAAUUUCCUUUGUUUUGAAACUGUUCUAAGCAACCUAUGAGUGAAGAAGUCAUAAACUCUAUUGACUAUAACUGUUUGCAUUCUCUGCGUACUUGGGUCAACCUGUUAAAACUUCUCUGCUUGUACUAACAGAUCAUGUGACUUUUGGAGGUAUAUGAUGUCAUGGACACCUCUUUUUUCUGUGUUUUAUAAAUUCUGUUUGAAGCUGUAAAAUGUGGUCUGCCCCACUGCUUGUAAGCGGUUGUCACUAGGUUCAGUUUUUUAACAUUAGGUAGCAGGACUUCAGUGAUGUGAACCAUGGGUUGAAGCCCAUAGCAACAAUGCACUGGAGCCUUCUAGAUAUCUUUCAGGUCCCUUAACAUGAAGUUGAUUUGAAGGAAUGUAAGAGCCUCUUCAGAUGGCUUAACAUCAGAGGUUCUGUAGGGCAGAAAUAAUUUUAAACCUCCAAGCUUUUGUUUUUAUUUUAUUUCUUUGAAAAAUCAAGGAUUAAAUUGAAUUGCUGGAUUGUUCUUUUACUGGGAUACACUGGUAUUGUAGGGGAUGAUAUCCCUCUGUCUUGUGAACACAUAGCAAUCAUCCACAGUUCAAAAGAGACACUAAGAUUUCUGCAUUUGUUAAAUGAUUAUUGGGGGGGGGACUACAUAUUGCAUUUGAGUGCACUGGGGAGAAUCUGGAAUGGUUUAAUGAAACUUGCUUCACCAUUUCCUUGUCUCUACUUUUAACUAGCAAAAGGUAUUUGAGGUACCCUUCUUCUGGUUCACAAAUACUCUCCUGUAAAUUGUGUACAAUGUGUUCCAAAUCCAUUGGUCCAGGGCCAGACCGAAUGUGUUUAUAAAAGAUUACAAAAGUAGAGGGAGAGACUGUGUCAAGUAUCACCAGAACCUACUCUGCUUCACACCUGAUAACACUGACAAAGACAUAUUUUUCUUUUCUGGUAUUUAGCAGGUUUCCUUUACAGUUUUGCUAAUUUUAUGAUUACUCAUCUGAACUCAUGGAUGAGUACAUUGUGCAGCAGUGAUUUACCUGUUGAAACAAGUGUGAAUCUCCAUGCAAGCUGGUUUUAGAUGGAAACCUGGAUGGUGCCACGAAUGGAGUACAGUAUGUCUUACAGAAAAUAGUAAGAAUCCCAGUGCAAUAUCAUAAUCAUGCGAUUUUAGAGAACUUGUGAGAUCCAGUGUUGUCCUUGGAUGAUUUUUCCCCAUUUUUUGGGUCAGCACUGAUCACAAUAAUGUCUGUAUGGAAACAUUACAGACAUUCUUGGACCUUCAAAUGAACUGACGUUUCAUUACCAACAGCAGUAGGUGAAAGAGCAGGGGCACUAAGAGAGCACCUUUGGGGUUGUCUGUGAUCAUAUUGUCAAAGAAAUGCAUUCUUAAUGGUGGGACCAUAUUUCCUAAAGGUUCCAAAUAUGUUCUGAGAAAAACUGCAAAUUCAAGUACUGUACGUAACAUUCAAGCUAAAGCUUUGUUCAAGGCCUUUUUGGAAACAUGAUCAAAGUCUUAAAAAGGCAACCAUUUAGCAGAGUAUUUUAUAUUGUUUAAAAAAUUAAAAACAAACAUUGUAUCCUGCUUUUAAUUUAAUAUACAGAAUGCUUUAACUGGAGAAUGACUUAGCAGUUUUUGACUGACAAGCAAUCACUGUUGUUCAAGCCAGUGCAAUAUAGAAGUCAAUAUACUCUUGUUCAUAUUUUACUGUUAAACCAAUGUUUCAUUUAUAGGCCAGUACCCCACUCAGGAUUCAAGAAAGAAGGUGCUUGGUUCUCCUUUUGUCUGUCUGACCCAGCUUUAACUGUAACAGGAACAAAAUGUAGUUUAACUGUGAAGGUUCUCUAUGGGUUUCAUCACAAAAAUGUGGACCAAUGUUUAUUGCAGUUGUCUGUUGGAUGAGCAUUGAAAAGAAGGGUGUAGGGUUUUUUUGGUGUAUUUCAAUUAGAGGCCCCUUCAUCUGAGAUGAUAAUCAAGCAAAGUGGCCUAACAGCUCAUUGACCUAUUAAAGAGAUUAAUGAGAAUGGUGUGUGAUGGAGAAGAAGAGGCAUUAACUUGUUGCUGAGGCCCUGUGUGAAAUAAGAACUCUUCUGAAGUGUGCUCUUAAUUGUGUCCUGCUCUUACUGUAUAUUGCUCUGAGUAUUUUUGUUAUCCAUGCCGAAACAGAUCAUCAAACCACCAAUAAAGAGAUUUCAUUUUUUAAAGAA